GGGGGUCAAAUACAAUUCCAAAAGCUAUUACUAGCUUUUAUGCCUUGUAGUUCAGUUCUUGUUCUUGUGGUUAAUCUAGCUAAAAAUCUCAGUGAUCAAUCUUCCACAUUAAUGAAGUUACCUGAUGGCACAAUUGUUGUUGAUAAAUAUUCUUUAAAAGUAGAAGAUAUGCUAAAACAAGUUUUUUCUGUUGUAGCCUCAAAUACUAAGCACUUCAGAUCAAUGAUAAAAAAUCAGCGGCAUAUUAAGCCACCUAAAAAUGAAAAGCUUCAAGUCAUAACUAUUGGUACACAUGGUGAUGAAUGUGAUAAAGGAGUAAAAGAUAUUGAAAAAAAAAGUGCGGAAUUAAAAUCAAUUCUAAGAUCUAAAUCUAUUCAAAUUGCAUAUAAAGAUAAUGCUCAACUUCUACAUGAAGUUGAUGGUUCAAAGGCUAAACGUGGUGAGUUUGAUGAUGACCCAGCUAUAAAUGCUAUACGUAAAGCAUUGAAUGAACAAGCAUAUCAAAUUGAAGUACCAUUGCAGUGGCAUUGCUUUGGUGUUAUUCUUCGCAAUGAAGCAAAAGACACUGGAAUAUUAGAAUUAUCUUCCUGUGAAGAAUUUGGUGAAUCAUUAGGCAUGUCAAAAGAUGACGUUCAGAGUGCACUGCAAUUUUUUCAUGCAUUGAAGUUGCUGUUUUAUUAUCAUGACUCACCAGCAAAGGGAAUUGUGUUUGUCAAACUGGAUGCUGUCAUUAACAUUAUUAGAAAAUUGAUGAUUGCAGUUUGUAAACCUCGUAGUACAUUGGAAGCUGGUCCUGAUGAAUUAGCCCAGUUAGCUUCAAAAGGUUAUUUAUCUAUGAAUGUUUUAAAAAUGUAUGCUGGUGCACUUGAGGGUAGAGAAGACAUUCUUUUGGGUCUGUUUGUGCACCUUAAAAUUGCAGCUUUGAUACAAACAGGCGAAAGUGAUCAAACAAAUGAAGAAGAUGCAGUUUUUUUGAUGCCUGCACUGCUUCCUGUAAAAGAUGUUUCUGAUGCUUCCACCUUUUCUAAAACACCUCUUCUGUAUUAUUUUAAUGAUGAACCAGUGCCUAUGGGUCUGUUUUGUGCUGUUAUUGUCCAGCUACUUUCUUAUCCUGAUGAUGAAAAAUGGCACAUCAUUACAAAAGAACACAAUUUCUCAAAUUUUUUCACUAUACAGAAGAAAAUUAAUAAAUACAGAAUGUGCAAAGUGUUACUGGUGGAGCAGCUUUACUGCAUUGAAAUCUAUUGUGAAGAACCCCGCCACAGACCAAGUGCAAAUAAAUGUAUAAAGAAAGCCAUUAAUUAUGUUAUAGAAGACAAAAUUAGCAACUAUGAAAAACCAGUUGCAACUUUUUACUGUCCCUGCAAAGAUAAAAAACAACAUAUAGCCACUGUUGAAGAUAAUGUGCUUAUCAAAUGUAGUAGAACAGAUGAAUGGCAGGACUUAUCAGAUUCUCAAUGUGAUGAGUAUUGGUCCUGGUUUAUGACUCAGGAAGAGCUUGAUGAAGCUAAGUGUGAAAGACAAGAAGGUAACCCAAGUAGUACCCUUGAAGGUGAUCCAAAGGGUAUAUUAAGGGAUCAUUCCGGUAAACUCGUUGAUGCUAUUGCUGUUGAUGUAAUAAGAAUAGCAAAUGAGCUUCACUCUGCCAAUGGUUUGAUACCACAACAAACUAAACAGGAAAUGCUUGUAGGAGCAGUUGAUAAUUAUGCUAAAUCUAGUAAACUUGUGAAUGUCAUUCAGCAACUGUUGGGAGCUUCUCUUAAUCCAAAGCAGUAUCUUAUUAAUAUAUGUCAUGUAUUAAUAGACCAACAACAUUGUAUACUGAGAGAUAUUGCUACCUCUAUGUUACACCAGCUAGGUCAGUCUAUACCUGAUAGUGUUCAUCACCACUCACCAGUUGAUGAUGUGUCAGAAACUUAA